AUGCCAAAGCUUGCUUCUGCAUAUUUGUAUAGAGGUAUCAUUUAUCAAAAUGCAAUAAAUAGGAUGGUGUCACAAAGAAUAAAAUUUAAAUUAGGAGGCGUUACAAGAUUUUACAAGGCUAUCGAGCUUGAUUCUAAUUUAAUCCAAUCUUAUUAAAAUAGAGCAAAUUUAUUAUUGGAUUUAAAUAAGAAUGAAGAAGCUAUAAAAGAUUAUUAAAAGGUAAUAUAAAUCGAUUCAAACUAUGUAAAUGCAUAUUACAACAAAUCAAUUGCUUUAUACAAAUUAGGAAAGAAUGAAGAAGCUGUUAAAGAUUUAAAUAAAGUAAUAGAAUUAGAUUCUACAUAUAUAAAUGCCUACUAUCAAAGAGGUUUACAAUUAAGACGUUAUAAAUAGGUAUCAUUAAUUCAAAUUUGGGCAAUAAUGAAGAAUCUUUAAAAGAUUACAAUAACGUAAUCCAGCUCAAUCCAAAUCAUGAAAACUGCUACUUUAAUAGAGGUUAAUUUAUAUCUAUUAUUAGCAAUGACUUUAAAUAAGUUAGGCAAAUUAGAAGAUGCUGUUAAAGAUUAUGACACGGUUCUUAGCUUAAAUCCUAAUGAUGCGAAUGCCUACAAUAAUUUAGCCAUUAUUUUAAAUACUUUGGGAAGAGAUGAAGAUGCAAUAAAUAGUUAUUAGAAAAUAAUUGAGAUUAAACCACAAGAACAAGAUGCUUAUUCUAAUUAAGCCAUUUUAUUAAAAAAACUUGGUAGAAAUGAUGAGGCAAUUAAUUGUUACAAUAAAUUAAUCGAUCUAAAUCCCAAUAAUGCCAAUCCUUAUUUUAGGAGAGGAUUUCUUCUAAUGGAGAAAAAUAAAAUUUAGUCUUUAUAGGAUUUUACUAAAUCAAUUGAAUUAAACCCUUCGAAUAAGGAUGCUCACUAUAAUAAAGCAUUAUUGUUAACAGAAUUGGGACAAGAAGAGAAUGCUCUAUUAAGUUAUUAGUAGGUUAUAUAACUAGACCCAGAAAAUAAAAAUGCUUACUUUAAUCAAGCAAUCAUUCUGAGAAAACUUGGAAGGAAAGAAGAAGCCUUAAAUUCAUACAAUAAAAUGCUAUAAAUACAUCCUAAUGUUGAAGCAUACUACAAUAGAGGUUAAUUUCACCAAAGUUAUUAAAGCUAUUUUACUUGA